CGCACGGAAGUCCAGCCAAUCAUAACAUGUAACCUCAUCUUGAAGCGCAGGACCCCGGGUUGAUCUGGCAGGCCGAGCCGAACCUAUCUGGUAGCUGCACCGCCACGAAGGUCCAGUAUUUGCUCGGGAGGAAUGUGGUAGGCGGGGCCGCGCUCGGCUGGUGUCAAACUUUGGGAAUGACAGGAGUGCUGCGGGAUUCGCAAAGAAGGGGAAGUGUCGCCCUUGCUGGCUCUGUUUGGAUUACUUUGACUUGUUCUCAUUUGCAGUUUCUGGUGGAUUUAGCACCUUUUCUACAGAUAAUAGCCUUAGCAGACUCUCUCAGCCAUGUCCGAGGACCUGAGCUCCCAACCCUGGUCCAUCGACAAAGAUGAUUACGACCUCCUGGAGGUGAUUGGGAGUGGAGCCACAGCAGUGGUCCAGGCAGCCUACUGUACACCCCGAAAGGAGAAGGUUGCCAUCAAACGCAUCAACCUAGAAAAGUGCCAGACCAGUAUGGAUGAACUCCUGAAAGAGAUUCAGGCCAUGAGCCAGUGCCACCACCCCAACAUUGUGUCUUACUACACAUCUUUUGUUGUGAAGGAUGAACUGUGGCUGGUUAUGAAGCUGCUCAGUGGGGGCUCAGUGCUGGACGUGAUCAAGCACAUCAUCUCACGUGGGGAGCACAAGAACGGUGUCCUGGACGAGGCCAGCAUAGCUACAGUGUUGAAAGAUGUGCUGGAGGGAUUGGAGUACUUACACAAGAACGGCCAGAUCCAUAGAGAUCUCAAAGCUGGAAACAUUCUCCUCGGAGAUGACGGUUCUGUGCAAAUUGCAGACUUUGGCGUCAGUGCCUUUCUAGCUACAGGUGGUGACAUGACCCGAAACAAAGUGCGCAAGACGUUUGUGGGAACGCCGUGCUGGAUGGCCCCAGAGGUUAUGGAGCAGGAGCAACAAUACAGCAGCAGUAGUAAGGAGACAAGAAAAGGAGAGGAAAGAAAAGGGCUUGAGAGACAUCAGGGCCUUGAGGCAGGAAGUCAAAGUGAGGGAGAGACAGGAGCAGAGCAGGAGGUGAGGGGAUAUGAUUUCAAAGCCGAUAUUUGGAGUUUUGGGAUCACGGCUAUUGAGCUUGCCACUGGAGCCGCACCUUAUCAUAAAUACCCACCAAUGAAGGUCUUGAUGCUGACACUGCAGAAUGACCCACCAUCUCUGGACACUGGUGUGACAGAUAAGGAGAUGGUGAAGAAAUAUGGCAAAUCUUUCAGGAAGAUGAUCUCCCAGUGUUUACAGAAGGAUCCAGAGAAACGGCCAACGUCAUCAGAGUUGUUGAAGCAUAAAUUCUUUCAGAAAGCAAAAACCCAUGAAUACUUGCACGAGAAGUUGAUCCAAAGGGCUCCUACAAUAACAGAGAGAUCUAAAAGGGUACGACGAGUGCCUGGUUCCAGUGGCCGGCUCCAUAAAACGGAGGACGGCGAAUGGGAGUGGAGCGAUGACGAGCUUGAUGAAGAAAGCGAGGAAGGCAAAGCAGCUGUCGCAGCUUUAAGAUCACCAAGAGUGAAGGAAGGUCCCCAGAAUUCAGAGAUUUUCCAGAGUCACCUCCAGCCAAUUCCUCCAGAUCAGGCUGAACUACCUCAGGCUGCAGGUCAACAUCUACUGCAACCCACGCAAGUCAACACUCAACCCCCAACCCAGGCUGCAUCGCCCUCUCUCAGUGUUCCUGCUUCUGCUGGUGUUCCCACUCAGAUCCCGGCUGCCUCAGGAGAUAUUAACACUCCCAUUAGUUUGGUAUUAAGGUUAAGAAAUUCAAAGAAGGAGCUGAAUGACAUCCGCUUUGAAUUUAUGCCAGGAAGAGACACAGCAGAUGGAGUGUCCCAGGAGCUGGUGUCAGCCGGUCUGGUGGACGGGAGGGACUUAGUAAUAGUUGCUGCAAAUUUGCAGAAGAUAGUCGAUGAGCCUCAAGCCCAUAAAAAUGUAACAUUCAAACUGGCUUCUGGGGUGGAGGAAUCUGAAAUACCAGACGACAUCAAGCUGAUGGGCUUCGCUCAGCUCAGCAUUAGUUAAACUGUUGUUCUACCUGGAACCGUGACUUGCCUAAAAAUGUGAAAAUUAAAAAAAAAAAAAUAAAUAAAUAAAUUG